GUUAUCACCGUCAUGCUUAAUUCAUCUAUAUAUAGACCAUAUUCCCAUAACCGCCCUUUAUUAAAUCCCUACUAUUGAUAUACACUAUAAAUCGCGUAUAUAUCUUCCUCUAACCCUCGGGCUGCUUCAUUUCUUGAGGCUGGAUGGGAGAUAUGGUGCAAGCUACACUUUACGCGUGUGAUAGCCACUCAUUUGCCGCCGAUACGCGAAAUCCGAACGUGGCGAGGGGACCAACGUGACCCAUGAGUGUAGGGAUUCCAUCAACCCCCCGCCUGUCAAUCCGACACUCCACGACAUGCGCCUUUGCUAUCAUGGGGUAUCACCACCGAGCAGACUCCUCGCAAAAUCACAGACCUCGAUGAGCAGCUUUACGGGCACCACUAGCCUUGCGAACGAUGCGAUGCGCUCUCUGGCUGCACUGAGAGGAAGGCCACCAGCCACUGCUGCACCAGCACGACCAUAUAACUUGGGAAGAUUAUGGAGUCCAGCCCAAGGAAUCGUGUUUGGAAAUGGCGAGAGUGGGUUGCGAGGGAGCAGCCCGAGGGCACUCAGUACGACCACAUUAUCCACACUAGAAACUUCGACGGCUACGAUUGAGAAUACCUAUACCUUGUCGAGCAAGGAAAAUUUGACCCCAACCCAGGAAUCUGACCAAGGAACACAAUCCCUCCCGAGCAGCUCCAGUAGCUGGGCCCCUUCAAUUCUCGACACGGGCGGUUUACAGACGGAUCCCUCCCAAAUCGAAGUCUCCCAGCAAGAGGCUGUUACUGGAAACCCCAAACGGAAGGAGGAAACGGAAGUCCACACACCACUCUCAUUUGUGAUGCCACCCGAAGUCCUCCAGAAGGCCAAAGACGCAACCCCAGAUACCCCCGAUUCCUUCUGGACGCACAGACUAUACACAGGCCCCGACGACACGAAAGUCAAGGUCCAUUAUUGCAAGUCCCGACACACUACCGAGUCCGUGCUUCAGAAGCACUUCCUGGGUAAGCCCAUACUCGGCUUCGACAUUGAAUGGAAAAUCGACGCGACUCGGUUCUCCUCUCCAAAGAAGAAUGUUUCUCUUAUACAGCUCGCCUGUGAAGACCGGAUCAUCCUCAGUCAUCUCGCACUCUUCCCCAAAGACGGCAUCGAUGAUCUGGUUGCCCCCACCCUCAAGGCUAUCCUUGAGGACCCCAAUGUUUCCAAAUGCGGCGUCGCUAUCAAGGCAGACUGCACACGCGUGCGGAAGUUCCUCAAGGUUGAUACGCGCGGCAUUUUCGAGUUGAGCCAUCUGCACCGCCUGAUUGAGGGCUCUGCUGCACGCAAUCCAACUCUCAUAAACAAGAAGCUCGUGUCGCUCACAUCGCAAGCAUCUGAGCAUCUUGCCCUCCCCAUAUUCAAAGGAGAGGUACGUGGCAGCGAUUGGAGUGAGGCCCUAAGCAUGGAGCAGAUCUUGUAUGCAGCUAGUGAUGCGUAUGCGGGGUUCAUCUUGUACGAUGUCCUCGAGUCAAAACGAAAAGCUCUGCGCCCCACGCCACCGCGCCCCUACCACGCCGAACUCGGCCUCCCCAUCCGCCUUGCAUCUGGCAUUGAACUCGUCACCGCUGACGAUUCACUCGAUGAUUCUACUGCAGCCCUCGAGCCGCGCAAGACGUCGCCAUCCGCCCCCCAAGACCCGUCCCUUUCUAUUCCCCUAGAAACUGAUGAUGAUUCAUCUCCACCUCUUACCAAAACAUCGAAGCGCCCUGCAAAGAAGGCCGAACGACCUGCAGACCCUCGCGUGGACGCUGCUGCUGCCUUUGCCGUCUCAUACCGCGCCGCGAAUCCUUCUACCACUGCAGCACCUGCAGCUUUACGUGCCUACCAUAUCUGGUCAUCACAUGAAGAACUGUUGGUUGAAGACAUUGCAGGGUUGCUGCGGGAUCCGCCGUUGAAGACCGGGACGGUAAGGGGGUAUAUCCUUGAGGCGCUGCGAUUGGAGGGCCGGGGUGUUCUGGGAAGCGGCGCGGGGCUUCGAAGUGAAAGGGGGCUAGAGAUCAAGGGGAGAGAGGACAGGGUGAAAGCGUUACUAGAGGGAGUUGAAGGGGAUACAUCCGGGUGGAGAUGGAGGGGACUAUGGAGAAUAGUUGGCGGGGAAAGGAAAAGCACCUAGCCGACGUGAAUACCGUGGUUGAGUUGGCAUGAAUGGGACGAAAUACAUGAUUGGGUGCAUGCAAUGGCGUUUCUGGGUAGGAAUGGGUUUGAAGCAUGACACUGGUUGGAUAAUACGACCAAGUCACAUAGCUAGGAUAGACUGACGGCGGCGCCGCUCAAAAUAAAUACGAGAUAAAUAAAGCCGUAGAU